CUAAGUGAUCCAUAACUCGUAUUCUUAAUCCCAAGCCAAUAAAAAGUCAUAAAUGUCAGCCAGGAGGUCUAAUCAGUCCAGGUUAAGGUUGGUGUUUCCUGAUCCUGUCAGCAGUCCAACAACAGGUACAGCUGAGAGAGGACGACACAGACAAUGACAGCGCUGGGCAGUGUUGUGAUUCAGACGGUCGUGUUGCUGACCGGGCUGGUCGUCGUUCAGGGAGAAACCAAAGCUGUCUCUAAAGACGAACCCAGGUUCUCAGAAUGGUCAGGUGAUGUGAGAGAAGACCCCCAGGUGGGCUGUGUGUUUGGGGGGAGCUGUGUGCUGCCUUGCCGCUUCCAUCCAAACAGUGAUACCAUCCUCCACUGGAACAAGGUGAAUGGGAAGAAGGUUCAGGUCCACUCCUACUACGAUGACCAGGACCAACUGGGAUACCAGGACCCUCUCUACAAGGGAAGGACCUCCCUGUUCCAUGACCAGAUGUCAGGGGGCAACGCAUCCCUUGGUCUGGCCAGGGUGAACCUCCAGGACCAGGGCAGGUACCUGUGUUACGCCAGCACUUUAGAGUACAACCAGGUGACCUUCGUCACUCUGACAGUGAGAGCGGGAUCAUAUAGCACACCUUGGUUACAAUUAGGAUUCUAUUUUUAUGUUACACUUUUAAUCAUCAUCAGCAUCAGCCUCAUCUGUUUACGUAUAAAGAGAAGUGUUUCUUUUGAAUUUUUUGUAUCAUUUUCUAUAAUAUUUUCUCUUGUAAAUUACUUCACAUUAUAUUUUAUUUCGUUCUUUGUGUCAUUUUCUCUUUUAUUUUAAAUUAAUUAGUUGAAAACGUUUGUGUGGUUAUUUCUGGGUCAUUUAUUAGGGAUGUGAUGGGUAGUUUUAUCUGUAUUAUAAUGUAAUAAUC